UAGAAAGUAGGGCCAUGACAGACUGCUAACAACAAAGUGAAAUCUGCUGUGAAAAAAACCCCAGAAAAAAUGGAAAAAGGAGAAAACAAUGACCCUAAAGAUGUGCAAAGAAAAGAAAAAGCCAAGAUGCAACUCAAAAGAAAUAUAGGUUAUUUUGACGGGGUAAGUUUUAUUGUAGGAUCAAUUGUUGGAGCAGGGAUCUUUGUGUCUCCCACAGGGGUGUUAAAACAUUCCUUACUCAAUGUUGGCAUUGCACUAAUGAUCUGGACUGCAUCUGGGCUGGUUUCUCUGAUGGGCGCCCUCUGCUAUGCGGAGCUGGGGACCGCUCUGCCCUUCUCCGGAGGAGAAUACAGCCAUAUUAAAAGAGGCCUUGGAUCCCUACCCGCCUUCGUGUUUAUCUGGACAUCAACGUUUACCAAGCCAGCAUCAAAUGCUGCUCGAGCCUUGCUGUUUGCUGAAUAUGCCACCCAGCCCUUCUAUGGCAUUUGCCCUGCACCAGAUGUGCUGAAGAAAUGCUUGGCCUUGGCCGUUCUCUGGUCCCUGGGGAUUUUGAAUGGCCUCAGUGUCAAAAUGGCUGCGUGGGUGCAGACAAUUUUCACUCUGCUGAAGAUGAUGGCCUUGUCUGUGAUUGCUGUCGGUGGCAUAGUUUUCCUUGCUGCCAGGCAAAAGGAGAGUCUGGCCAGGUUUGAGGACAUGUUUGGCUCAGAGAUCCCCAACGCCUCACAGGUUGCCGAAGCCUUCUUCCAGGGACUGUACGCAUAUGGAGGCUGGUGGUCCCUCAAUUACAUGGCAGAGGAGAUGAAAAGCCCCAGCAGAAAUAUCCCCUUAACUGUGAUGACUGCUGUUCCUGCAGUAAUUGUUUUUUAUUUACUGGUGAACAUCUCAUAUCUGACUGUCCUCACACCUAAGGAAAUUGUCUCCUCAGUUGCUGUGGCAGUCACUUGGGCUGAUCGAGUGAUCCCCUCUGUUUCCUGGAUCAUUCCUCUCUCUGUUGCUGUCUCAAUAUUUGGUGCCCUGAACAGCAGCAUGUUCGCACUCGGUCGAUUAAGUUAUGCUGGAAGUCAGUCAGGACAUUUACCUGUUUUAAUAUCCAUGCUUAAUGUCCACUCCUGUACUCCAGCACCAGCCAUGAUUUUUUCAACCACCAUUGCAUCCAUUUUUAUCAUCCCCUCUGACCUUAUAACAUUAACAAAUUACUUUGGAUUUUCUGCCUGGCUUAUGAUUGGACUGACUUGUGCAAGCCUGAUUGUACUUCGAUACCGGGAACCUCAUCUACAUCGACCAUACAAAGUGUUUUUACCUGUUCCAUUUGUGAUGGUGGCAAUGUCUUUCUUCCUAGUUCUAGCUCCCAUAGUCUGGUCUCCAAACCUGCAAUAUGUUUACGCUUUCCUGUUUAUGCUGGGAAGUGUUAUUGUUUAUCUGCCUUUUAUACAUUUUAAAUUGCAUUUUGCAUUUCUUGAUAAAAUUACUUGCCACUUACAGCUCCUGUUAGAAGUCUGUCCUGCUGAUGAAUCUGCUAAGGGCAAAUGUGAGUAAUGGCAGAUAUUUAAUCCCAGUACAACUAAGAGCCAACAGCAGAUUUUGUUUAACUGAGACUAUAAACAGUACAACUUAGCUGUUGAUGUUAUACAUAGGUGUGCAUGCAUGCAUAUACAUAUAUAGGUGUAUACACAUAUAUUGCAAACUUGCACAUAUAUGUAUGUAUAGGCACAGAAUCACAUAAUGAACUAGGUUGGAAAAGACCUUUGAUACCAUCAAGUCCAACCUAUGACCUAACACCUCCUCAUCAACUAAACCACGGCAUUAGCAUAAAAGUUAAUAUGUAUGUGGUUUUGUGUCUGUUUGUAUAAAUACAUAAAUGUAUACAUAUACUAAUUUAAUAGGUGCAAAGGAUCUCUCUUAAACUUGCAAAAUCUGUAAAAUGUUCUUUCUUGCU